CUCACCUCACUGUGUCGCUGAUAACUAACACUUUCGACUGACAUUUGACGAAGAGCCGGAACCAAAAUAAACACAUUUUUUAGUUACGUCAAGAGUCCGCACUCUCGUUUCGUUUUCAAACAUCACGCAGGGGCUCUCUAAAGCUGAGCCGUGAAUAACUAUUGACAUGGUUAGCGUUAGCCAACGGACGGGCUCUGGACUUUUGACGACAUAUUGACGUCAUCUUCGUGCCUCCUCGUCUAUCCUUAUUUUCAGCUGAAUUCUCACUUGACUACACUGGCCAGCAUCCAUAAGAUCCACCACACGUUGCACAGGCUGAACCUCACGGAAGACGUUGGACAGGAGAGCCACACGUCUGCUUGUUGCUCCAGAGCCAUGCCACCGAGGAAAAAGAGGAGACCCACUGCCGGUGAUGACAUGUCAGCUAAGAAGAGUCGUCAAGACAGAAAAAUUGACUCUCCGCUCCUCAUUCGUGAAGAGGAAAGCUUUUCAAACAAGCGAUGCUUGGAGUGGUUCUACGAGUAUGCAGGCUGCGAUGACGUGGUGGGACCAGAGGGUAUGGAGAAGUUCUGUGAAGACAUCGGAGUGGAACCAGAGAACGUGGUGAUGCUAGUACUUGCGUGGAAGCUGGACGCACAGAGCAUGGGUUACUUCACGCUGCAAGAGUGGCUGAGGGGCAUGGGCUCUCUGCAGUGCGACUCUACAGAGAGGCUAAGGAACUCGCUGGACUUCCUGAGGUCCGUCCUUAAUGACAGCACCAGCUUUAAGCUCAUUUAUAGAUACGCCUUCGACUUUGCCAGGGAGAAAGAUCAGAGGAGUUUGGACUUGAACACUGCCAAGUGCAUGCUUGGGCUUCUGUUGGGAAAAACGUGGCCCCUUUUUCCGGUCUUUAAUCAAUUUCUAGAGCAAUCAAAGUAUAAAGUGGUCAACAAAGACCAGUGGUGCAACGUGUUGGAAUUCAGUCGGACAAUCAACUUGGACCUCAGCAACUACGAUGAGGAUGGAGCCUGGCCCGUCUUGUUGGACGAGUUUGUGGAAUGGUACAAGGAAAGACAGAUGUCAUAGCUACAACUGCGAAAAAAGAAGAAAAAAAACAUCAAAAAUACUGUGACGACCGCAACGACGAGAAGCAGCAACGUGAAAACAACACAGGCCACGGGUGGGGGAGGGUAACGGGUGGGUGGACAUUACCCCAUCUGGUAAAGUUUGCGGGCUAGUCAGGCUUUACCACUUGGAAAUGAAAUAGUAUUGCGGGUGGGAGAAAGCAAACGGGUUCCAAGUCUUACAGGUGAGCACAUUUAGCAAAAUAAAAAUGUCACAUGGUUGUUCCCAUGGCAGGUUUCUGCUACCUGUGCUGUUUACUUGAUUAGUGCCAGUCAUUUGUUUCCUCCUUCCCUUUAUUUUAGGAUAUUUUUUAGCACCAAACAAAAACCGCAUUGCUGCUAAUUCCAUUUGGGUGGGCCAGAGUGCGCCCCCCACCUCCAGCAUUUAUUGGUCCACACGCCGGGCCAAUGGAUGCGUCCACUUAGCUGUGCCUAAAACUUUGCCACACGUAGACGACCGAUGUACAUAUGUGUAAAGUUGGGAGCCUAACUGACGUCAAUCCCACUGUCCGUUUUGUCCCCCACGUGUGGUUCGGUCUUCCUUUUUAGUCCGAUAGUUUCAGGUAGCAUCCUUUCCUUGCCCCCCAAAGUGAUGAAUGAGUAUUUCUAGCGCCACCUAAGGGAACGCAGGACAGGUCGGAACUGUGUAAUAGCGUUAAGCUGUUUUUUUUUUGUUUGUUUGUUUGUUUUUUUUUUUUUUUUUUUUUUUUUUUUGGUACACAUUUCUGUCUUUUUGGCUGUGCUGUGACGCUGACUCGUCCAAAUGAUUUUAAUAUUUGCAUGCAGCUCCCAACAGAGCCAUUUUUUUCUGUACAGGAAUUUGUGCUCGUUUUGUGCUUUAAUUUUCUUUUUUGGGGGGGUAUUCACCAUCAUGUUUAUCAUUUGACAGGAACUCAUGAUUGUGUUUAUCGAUGUUUUGACCUGGAAGAGAAAAAAACGUAUGCGUAACCUCACAUUGGAACGAGGAUUCCCCCCUACUUUAACCCCACAUGAAUUCAAAAGUAGGGGUGCAUCCAUCGACCUACACACACGACACCACCUCUGGUUUCACUGUAUGUGAAAUAGAUGACAAGCUGUUGUGUAUAGAUUUAAUUCUUGUUCUCAUAUUCUUCUCUUGUGAAAAUACAGGAAGUUAAACGUGCUUGUCCUAGCUGUAUAUAUGUAUGUAAAACUAAGUGUCUAUAUGUUGGUUUUCAUUAUAACCUAUGUCUAUAUACAUAAAUAAAAAGGGUUUAUUAACUUAACUCCA